UAGAGCGGUGAGAGAAGGUGUUUGAGCGCCCGCGCGAGUGAAAGAGAGAGAGAGAGAGAGAGAGAGAGAGAGAGAGAGGGAAGCGAAUUAGGUUUCAGAUCCCCAUUUUGCUCUUCCGAUUCGUAUCCUCGAUCUCGCCCAUUGGAGAUCUCGAUCUCUGCUUCUCGACCUCGGAGGAACCAUCAAUGUCGACGACCAGAGAGAGUCGAAGGCGAGGGCGGAACGAGUCGAGUUCGCUCAGAUCCAGCAAGAAACAAGGUCGAUUCGAGGAUUUUGAUCCGGAUUUGGAUCUAUCGAGCGAUAUGAAGGAGAUCAUAGCGGCGCUGCAGCAGAUUAGGGAGAAGGCUCAGCAGGAUGGGCGUAAGAAGAACGAGGAGACCAUUGGGAGUGUGGCAGCAGACAUUCGGACAAUGUUAGAUGAUACCAAGUCAAAAUUCGAGAAAGAUAGGCAGAGUUUUUUAAAGACUUUAUCAAAGAGUUCAAAAGAGUGUGAGAGUUUGUUGAAGAGUGAGUACUCCAAAUUUCAAGCAACUCACGAGAAGUUUUCUAGGGAGAAAGCAGCAUUUAUACACAAUUUCAAAGAGAUAUUUUCCAAAUUUGAAGAUGAAAAGGAGAAGCUAUUUUCUCGCUACGAACAGCAGAGGAAGAAGGAAAAGGCAACUCUAUCUGAACUUGAGAAAUCUUGUGCAGAGAAGAUAGCUAAUGCUGAAGAAUCUCUGAGAAAGAAGAAGCAGGAUGACAAAACAUUCAGCUUCCUAAGGAAAUCCCUCGGCUCGAUUCUGGAGAGUGCCUCUGAUGAUGACUUUGGGCCUGAUGAGUAAUAAAUCUAUUAUUUUUGCAGAUCGCUACGACCAUAUAUCUAAACGUACACGUACUCGGUAAUUACUUUUUAGCCAUUUUACGAUCUUACAAGUAGUAAUAUCACACAACAUGAAUUCCUUCACCUUCUGUUUUGCUGAUAAAAUGUCUCAACUUAAAUUGGAAAGAAAAAUAUAUAUGUAUGCUGAUAAAAUUUUACUCCACUGAUCCAAACUCGUUUUAAAUUGAAAUUUGUUUUCUUAUUC